AGAAGUAGCGAUACAGUCUGAUCUCAUAACUUUGCCCAUGCGCCUCUGUGAAUCUAUCAGUGAGAUUGAGAAGGAACCUGCAAAUAAGCAUUUUGUUCGACGGUGUAAGGAGGCUAUAUAAGAUGUCAUGUGUAUCUCGUACAGACUAAUACAACUUCAAACUAGGUAUUUUACACUGCUUGAUUCAACCAUUACUUGGCGAGUGGUGUGUGGCAGCGUCGGUUAUCUUCCCCGAACCUGUAUGUCUCGAGGGACCAUCUAUUUAAACAGCCCAACGCGGGAUACAGACCAAGGAGUUGCCUUUCGAUGGCCUUUAAUUUUUAUGUGAAACUGGCGGGAGGACAUUCCCAAUUCAACCUGGUAGCGUAAUUUAUUGCUGUAUAACACGUCGUGGAGCGAUACCGCGGUUGGACCAGUGCAGUCAAGGUUGAACGCCAUGGAGGAACUUAAGGAGAAUACUAAGAGGUAUCCUUUGGUGCGGGCUGCAUCUGAGGAGAGCUCCAGUGAGCUGAGCAGCUCUCCGUUCCCUGGAGACACCAUGCCCUGGAACCUCUCCAAACACCACCAGAUCAAACGUUCCAAGUCUACCUCCGGAGAUGUGCAUGUGCUGGACUCGGCGGAGAGGGCCGUUCUCCGUAUCGCAGAUGAACGGGACCGGGUACAGAAGAAGACCUUCACAAAAUGGGUCAACAAGCACUUGAUGAAGCACUGGAGAGCAGAGGCACAGCGGCAUAUCACUGACCUGUACGAGGACCUCCGAGAUGGACACAACCUCAUCUCCCUGCUGGAGGUGCUCUCUGGAGAGACACUGCCGAGGGAGCGUGACGUUGUCAGGAACUCGCGGUUGCCCAGGGAGAAGGGGCGCAUGCGCUUCCACAAACUGCAGAAUGUACAGAUCGCACUGGACUUCCUCAAACACAGACAGGUCAAACUGGUCAACAUCAGAAAUGAUGAUAUCGCUGAUGGAAACCCCAAGCUGACCCUGGGCCUGAUAUGGACCAUCAUCCUUCACUUCCAGAUCUCCGACAUCCAGGUGAAUGGCCAGUCAGACGACAUGACAGCCAAGGAGAAGCUGCUGCUGUGGUCCCAGCGCAUGGUGGAGGGAUACCAGGGGAUGCGCUGCGACAACUUCACCACCAGCUGGAGGGACGGCAAGCUCUUCAACGCCGUCAUACACAAACACAGGCCUACUCUGAUUGACAUGAGUAAGGUGUACCGACAGACCCAUGUAGAGAACCUGGAGCAGGCCUUCAGUGUGGCAGAGAGAGACCUAGGUGUCACUCGGCUGCUCGACCCAGAAGAUGUGGAUGUGCCACACCCAGACGAGAAGUCCAUCAUCACAUACGUGUCCUCCCUGUAUGACGUCAUGCCCCGUGUACCUGACGUCCAGGAUGGGGUGAAAGCCAAUGAGCUGGAGCUGCGCUGGCAGGAGUACUAUGAGCUGGUGACCCUGCUGCUGCAGUGGAUCAGACACCACAUCAUCGUGUUUGAGGAGAGGAAGUUCCCUACCAGCUAUGAGGAGAUUGAGGUUCUUUGGCGCCAGUUUCUGAAGUUCAAGGAGACAGAGCUGCCGGCAAAGGAAGCUGACAAGAAUCGAUCCAAACAUGUCUACAAGUCAUUUGAGGGUGCAGUUCAGGUGGGUCAUGUCAAGGUGCCCCCUGGAUACCACCCUAUCGAUGUGGAGAAGGAGUGGGGUCGUCUGCAUGUAGCCAUAUUGGAGAGAGAGCGUCUUCUAAGGACAGAAUUUGAGAGGCUGGAGCGGCUGCAGAGGAUUGUCAGUAAGGUCCAGAUGGAGUCUGGGGUGUGUGAGGAGCAGCUCAACCAGGUUGAGGGCCUGCUACAGAUGGAUGUCCGUUUGCUGAACUCAGGAAAGCCUGCUAAGCACACAGCAGAGAUAGAGACAGACCUGGACAAGGCCGAGGGCAUGAUCCGGUACCUCUUCAACGAUGUGCAGCUGCUGAAGGAUGGACGCCACCUACAAGCUGAACAGAUGUACCGCAGAGUGUACCGUCUCCACGAGCGGCUGGUGAACCUGCGCAGUGAGUACAAUCUGCGCCUGAAGUCCGGGGUAACCAUCACCCAGAUGUCCCAGAUGCAAACCCUUCAGCAGGCACCCAUGAGGGUGCGUCCCGAGCUGGAUGAGGUGACCCUGCGCUACAUCCAGGACCUGCUGGCCUGGGUGGAGGAGAACCAGAGGCGGGUGGACCGGGGGGAAUGGGGCUCGGACCUGCCCACCGUGGAGUCCCAGCUGGGCAGCCACCGCGGCCUUCACCAGUCAGUGGAGGAGUUCCAUGCUAAGAUUGGCAGGGCAAAGGCAGACGAGAGUCAGCUCUCCCCUGUCAGCAAAGGUGCCUACAGAGACAACUUAUCCAAGCUAGAGUUGCAUUAUGGCAAGCUUCUGAGUUCUUCCAAGGCUCGUCUGCACAGCCUGGACGGGCUUCAUGCCUUUGUCACUGCAGCCACCAAGGAGUUGAUGUGGCUGAAUGAAAAGGAAGAGGAGGAGGUUAACUAUGACUGGAGCGAACGCAACACCAACAUGACAGCCAAGAAAGACAACUACUCGGGGUUGAUGAAAGAGCUGGAGCACAGGGAGAAGAGGGUCAACAGUGUCCAGGUCCAAGGAGACAAACUACUGAAGGAGGGUCACCCUGCCAAGACGACUGUAGAGGCCUUCACUGCAGCACUGCAGACCCAGUGGAGCUGGAUCCUGCAGCUCUGCUGUUGCAUCGAGUCCCACCUCAAAGAGAACACUGCCUACUUCCAAUUUUUCUCCGACGUGAAAGAGGCAGAGGAGACGAUGAAAAAGAUGCAGAAGACAAUGAAGAAGAAAUACACAUGCAACCGUAACAUCACUGUGACACGACUCGAGGACUUGUUACAGGACGCAGCUGAUGAGAAGGAGCAACUGAAAGAGUUUAAGACCCAUUUGGAUGGGCUGAACCGGAGGGCCAAGACCAUUGUCCAGCUGAAGCCACGUAACCCAGCAACACCAGUUAAGGGCAAAUUGCCUGUCCAGGCCGUCUGCGACUUCAAACAGAUGGAGCUCACAGUUCACAGAGGGGAGGAGUGUGUACUGCUGGACAACUCUCAGCCGUACAAGUGGAAGGUGCAGAACCCCAAAGGCAGCAAGGCCACCAUGCCCUCCAUCUGUUUCCUGGUUCCUCCCACCAAUAAUGACGCAGUGAGCGGCGUCUCAGGUCUGGACACUAGUCACCAGAACCUGCUGGUCCUGUGGCAGAUGCUGUACGUGGACAUGAAGAGCCUCAUGUCCUGGCAGUACCUGACGAGAGACAUCCACCUCAUCAGCUCAUGGAACAUCACCGCGUUUAAGACCCUGAGGGUGGAGGAGUACAGGCUAGCUUUGAGGAACCUGGAACUCCACUACCAAGAGUUCCUAAGAGACAGCCAGGACUCCCAGCUGUUUGGUGCAGACGACCGCAUGCAGGUGGAGAGUAGCUACAACAAGGCUAGCCAGCACUACGAAGGACUGCUGCACUCUCUGGAGAAAGGCUAUGUGUCACCCUCUGGAGGUGAGCAAGAUGAAUCUGAGUGCCGAAGCUACCUGACCAAGAUCAAGGACCUGUGUCUGAAGCUGGAGGGCUGUGAGACUCGCACCGUCGCACAUCUGCGACAGCCCGUGGACAAGGAACCGCUCAAGGCUUGCGCCCAGAGGACCGCUGAGCAGAAGAAAGUCCAGUCAGAGUUGGAGGGCUUGAAGAAAGACCUGACCAAUGUGGCUGAGAAGACAGAGGAGGUGCUGGCAUCUCCUCAGCAGUCCGGCUCCACCCCAGUACUGCGCUCUGAGCUGGAUAUUACGCUGAAGAAGAUGGAGCACAUCUACAGCCUGUCGUCCGUGUACCUGGACAAACUGAAGACCAUCGACAUAGUGAUCCGCAGCACAAAGGGAGCAGAGGACACCCUCAAAAAGUAUGAAGCCCGUUUACGAGACGUAAACAAGAUGCCAACAGAUGAAAAAGAGGUGGAGAACUACCACACCCAGCUAAAGACAAUGCGUGGCGAGGCAGAGGAUGACCAGAAGACGUUCGACAAUCUCCAGGUGGAACUGAAAAAGGCGGCGGCCGUGAAUGAGCGGAUUAAGCUGGUCCACAGCGAGCACAACUCCGAGCUGGAACACUACCGCCAACUAGUGGCCGGGCUAGAGGAGCGCUGGCAGGUCGUGUUUGCCCAGAUAGACCUGCGCCAACAGGAACUGGACUUGCUGGGGAGGCAGAUGUGCGCCUACCACGAGAGCUAUGACUGGCUCAUCAGAUGGCUCGGUGAUGCCAAGCAAAGGCAGGAGAAGAUCCAGGCCAUACCCAUCGGCGACAGCAAGGCCCUUAUGCAACAGUUGGCACAGGAGAAGAAACUCCUAGAAGAGAUCGAGAAGAACAAAGAUAAGGUUGAGGAGUGUCAAAAACAUGCAAGGGCAUAUAUUGAUGCGGUCAAGGACUAUGAGCUUCAGGUGGUGACGUACAAAGCUCUGGUGGAGCCCCUGGCUUCGCCCCUUAGGAAAACCAAAAUGGAGUGUGCAUCUGACAAUAUCAUCCAAGAGUAUGUGACUCUGAGAACCCGCUACAGUGAGCUAAUGACUCUGACCAGCCAGUACAUCAAGUUUAUCACGGAGACACAGCGCCGACUUGAGGACGAGGAGAAAGCUACUGAAAUACUAAAGAAGGAGGAGAGAAAAAAGCUGUCUGAGAUGCAGGCUGAAUUAGACAAACAAAGACAGUUAGCUGAGGCACACGCAAAAGCUAUCGCUAAAGCGGAACAAGAAGCCCAGGAGCUCAAGUUGAAAAUGAAAGAAGAGGUCAGCAGGAGGGAGGUUGUGAAAGUGGAUUCUGAGAAACAGAAGCACAACAUACAGCAGCAGCUGCACGAACUCAAGAACCUGUCAGAGCAAGAGAUCCAAUCCAAGAGCCAGCAGGUUGAGGAGGCACUGUACAGUCACACCAAGAUAGAAGAGGAGAUCCACAUCAUCAGAAUCCAAUUAGAGACCACCAUAAAGCAGAAGGCCACUGCUGAGGCCCAAGUUCAGCAGCUCAGGGACAUGGCUGUCGAGGCUGAGAGACUGAGAAAAGUUACUCAGGAGGAGGCAGAGAAGCUUCGCAAGCAGGUGAAUGAAGAGACUCAGAAAAAGCGCAACGCGGAGGAGGAGCUGAAACACAAAGCGGAGGCAGAACAAGAGGCUGCCAAGCAAAAGCAGAAGGCCCUGGAUGAGGUGCAGAAGUUCAAGAUGCAAGCUGAAGAGGCAGAGAGGCGCAUGAAACAGGCAGAGGAGGAGAAGCAGAGGCAGGUCAUGGUUGCAGAGGAGGUGGCACAGAAGAGUGCCGCCACCGAGCUGCAAACCAAACGCAUGUCCUUUAACGAGAAGGCAGUAAAGCUUGAGGCAUCACUGAAACAAGAACAGGACACUGUUAUUCAGUUGCAGGAACAGGCAGAGCGCCUCAAGAAGCAACAAGAGGAAGCCAACAAAGCCAGGGAGGAAGCAGAGAAGGAACUUGAGAAGUGGAGGCAGAAAGCCAACGAGGCACUCCGUUUGAGACUCCAGGCUGAGGAAGAUGCUCAUAAGAAGAGCCAGGCUCAGGAGGAAGCAGAGAAGCAGAAAGAGAACGCUCAGCGAGAGGCAAAGAAAAGGGCUAAGGCUGAAGAGGCUGCUCUUAAGCAAAAGGAAAUGGCAGAGAAGGAGCUGGAGAAACAGAGGAAAUUGGCAGAGGGAAUGGCCCAGCAGAAACUCUCUGCAGAGCAAGAGCUAAUUCGCCUAAGGGCUGACUUUGACCAUGGUAAGCAACAGAGGUCUCUAUUGGAUGAAGAGCUCCAGCGCCUGAAAAAUGAGGUGAAUGCUGCUGUAAAACAAAGGAAAGAGCUAGAAGAUGAACUGGCCAAAGUAAGAUGUGAAAUGGAAGUUCUUCUUCAGAUGAAGUCCAAAGCUGAGAAUGAGACCAUGUCUACAACAGAGAAAAGCAGAAAUCUCCUUGAGUCUGAGGCAUUGAAAAUGAGGCAACUAGCUGAAGAGGCAACUAAGCUGAGAUCAAUUGCUGAAGACGCAAAGAAGCAGAGGCAGGUAGCAGAGGAUGAGGCAGCUCGGCAAAGAGGAGAGGCUGAGAAGAUACUCAAGGAAAAACUGGUAGCCAUUAAUGAAGCAACUUGUCUGAAAACUGAAGCUGAGAUUGCCCUGAAGGAUAAAGAGGCAGAAAAUGAGCGACUUAGGAGAAAAGCCGAAGAUGAGGCUUAUCAGAGAAAGGUCCUGGAAGACCAAGCAAAACAGCACAAGCAAGACAUUGAUGAAAAGAUCACCCAGCUUAAGAAAACUUCUGAUUCUGAAUUGGAGAGGCAGAAGAAGAUUGUAGAGGAAACUCUUAAGCAGAGGAGGGUGGUCGAAGAGGAGAUUCGCAUACUAAAACUAAACUUUGAGGAGGCAUCAACAGGCAAGUUGGAUCUUGAGUUGGAGUUGAACAAGCUUAAAGGCAUUGCAGAUGAGACGCAUAAGAACAAAGUCAAGGCGGAGGAAGAAUCAGAGAAACUCAGAAAGCAUGCUUUAGAGGAGGAGAACAAAAGGAAGCAAGCUGAAGAGAAAGUAAAAAAGAUCACUGCAGCAGAGGAAGAGGCAGCGCGACAAUGCCAGGCAGCUCAGAAAGAAGUGGAGCGCCUUAAAAAGAUUGCUGCUGAUGCUAACAAGCAAAAGGAGGAUGCUGACAAAGAAACAGAGAAACAGAUUAGUCUAGCCAAAGAGGCUGCACAGAAAUGUAGUGCUGCAGAAAAGAGAGCACAGGCUGUUCUGGUCAAGCAGAAAGAGGACAAUCUUUUCCAGGGCAAGCUCAAAGAGGAGUUUGAAAAGGCUAAGAAUCUUGUACAAGAAGCUGAGAAGGCGAAGGAAAAAGCUGAGAAAGAGGCUGCUUUACUCCGUCAAAAAGCAGAGGAUGCUGAGAAGCAGAAGAAAGCAGCUGAAGCUGAGGCUGCCAAACAGGCCAAGGCUCAGGGGGAUGCUGAGAGACUGAGGAUGGAAGCAGAGCAGGAGGCUGCAAAGCAAGCAGAAGCUGAGGCUGCUGCUCUGAAACAGAAACAGCAGGCAGAUGCAGAGAUGGCCAAGCACAAAAAGCUAGCUGAACAAACAUUGAAGCAGAAGAAACAAGUUGAGCAGGAGCUGACAAAGGUGAAACUACGACUGGAUGAGACUGAUAAGCAGAAAUCUGUUUUGGAUGAAGAGCUUCAGCGCCAGAAGGAUGAAGUUAGCAAUGCUGUCAAGCAGAAAGCUCAAGUGGAGGAUGAGCUAUUCAAGAUCAAGGUCCAGAUGGAGGAGCUGAUCAAACUUAAGCUUAGAAUUGAGAAUGAAAACCAGCGUCUCAUGAGUAAAGACAAAGAUAAUACUCAGAAAUUCCUGGAAGAGGAAGCUGAGAACAUGAAGAAGCUUGCGGAGGAUGCUGCCAGGCUAAGCUUAGAAGCUCAGGAGGCAGCCCGAGAGAGACAGAUUACAGAGUCCGAGCUUGAAGAACAGAAGGCUCUUGCUGACAAAAUGCUGAAGGAGAAAAUGCAAGCUAUCCAAGAAGCAGCUAAACUGAAAGCUGAGGCAGAGAAUCUCCAGAAACAAAAGGACAAGGCUCAGAAGCAGGCCCAAAAACUGCUGGAGGACAAGCAGCAGAUGCAGCAACGUUUUGAGGAGGAGACAGAGGGCUUCCAAAAAUCUCUAGAGGCUGAGCGCAAGAGGCAGCAUGAAGCUACGGUGGAGGCAGAAAAACUGAAGCUUAGGGUGACACAGCUUAGUGAUGCUCAGUCUAAAGCAGAAGAGGAGGCCAAGAAAUUCAAGAAACAAGCAGAUGAGAUCAGGGUUUGUCUCCAAGAGAAAGAGCAACAUGCUUCAGAAAAAGUAAUUGUAGAGAAACUGGAGGUGCAGAGAUUACAGAGCAGCAAAGAGUCUGAUGACCUACGCAAAGCCAUAGCUGACCUUCAGAAAGAAAAUGAGAAAUUACAAAAAGAGGCUGCAGAUCUACAGAACAAUUCUAAAGAGAUGGCCAAUGCCCAACAGGAACAAAUUAAAAAGGAAAAGAUCGUUCUUGAGCAGACUUUCCUGACAGAAAAACAAUUGUUGUUGAAAAAAGAAAAGCUCAUUGAAGAAGAAAAAAAUAAGCUUGAGAAACAGUUUGAGGAUGAGGUUAAGAAGGCCAAAGAUCUCAAAGAUGAGCAGGAUCGUCAAAGGAAGCAGAUGGAACAGGAGAAGAAGAAACUCCAUGCUACAAUGGAUGCCGCUGUUAAAAAGCAGAAGGAUGCUGAGGAGGAGAUGAGCAACAAGCAGAAAGAGAUGCAGGAUCUUGAAAAGAAAAGGCUUGAACAAGAGAAAUUGUUGGGUGAGGAGAAUGAAAAGCUUCGAGAGAAGCUGCAGCAACUUUCUACAUUAAAAACAUCAGCAAAAUCCCACACUAAAGAAAUGGAGAUGCAAACGGAUGAGGUCCCUGAAGAUCAGCUGAUUGCAAUGACAAUGGUGGGAACAACAAAGAAAGUAUUCGAUGGGUCUGCAGUAGUUGAUGGUGAGAAGAAAAACGAAGAAUUACCAUUUUCUUUCGAUGGGAUUAGGGAGAAGGUUCCUGCCAGCAGGCUCCAUGACAUUGGUAUACUGAACAAGAAGGACUUUGAUAAGCUGAAAAAAGGCAAAACCACAGUGAAAGACCUGAGCAAGACUGAGAAAGUGAAAACAUGUCUCAAAGGCAAGAAUAGUGUUGGCGGAGUCUUGACUGCAGCCAAGCAAAAAAUGAGUGUGUAUCAGGCCAUGAAAGAGAAUAAACUUUCUCCUGGCGCUGCCACAAUGCUUCUUGAAGCUCAGGCAGCAUCUGGGUUCAUCAUCGAUCCAGUGAAAAACAGAAUGCUCACUGUGGAUGAAGCUGUAAAGGAGGAAUUAAUAGGUCCAGAACUCCAUAACAAAAUGCUUUCUGCAGAAAAAGCAGCUACUGGUUACAAAGAUCCUUACACUGGAGACAAAAUCUCACUCUUUGAGGCCAUGAAAAAAGGUCUGAUUGAACAAGACCAGGCCGUUAGACUUCUGGAUGCUCAGAUUGCAACUGGUGGAAUAAUUGACCCUGUCAAUAGUCACCGUGUGCCUCUCCAGACAGCCUAUAAGCAGGGCCAAUUGGAUGCUGAGAUGAGCAAAACUCUAUCAAACCCUACUGAUGACUCAAAGUUAUUCAUUGACCCAAGCUCUCAGGAGAGCCUCACUUAUCAGCAACUAUUGGAGAAAUGCACCCCAGAUGCAGAGACAGGCCUACUUAUGUUACCAAUCACAGAGAAAGCUACACAAAGUGACAAGACCUACACAACUGAAGAAACUAAAGAGGUACUCACUAAAGCGAAUAUCUCUGUACCAUUUGGAAGAUUCCAAGGAAAGACUGUGACCAUUUGGGAAAUCAUUAACUCAGAGUAUUUCACAGAGGCACAGAGGAAGGAUCUGAUUCGCCAGUACAAGACCGGAAAAAUUACAGUGGAAAAAAUUAUCAAAAUUGUCAUUAGCGUUGUGGAAGACAAAGAGAAGAGGAAUGAAAUUGUGUUUGACGGUCUGAGGAUUCCUGUCACUGCAGCUGAACUUCUAGAAUCUAAGAUCCUCAAUAAAGACCUGUUCAACAAAUUGCAUAAUGGUAAAACAACUGUCAAAGAAAUCUCUGAGAUGGACCCUGUUAAGAAAGCCUUAAGGGGUACACAUAGCAUUGCUGGAGUGAUCAUUGAGUCAACAAAUGAGAAAAUACCAUUCUAUCAAGCUGUAAAGGAACAGAUGCUCUCUCCCCAGACUGCAUUGACUCUUCUUGAAGCUCAAGCUGGGACUGGAUUUGUAAUUGACCCUGUCAAAAAUCAGAAGCUCACUGUGGAUGAGGCUGUUAAAUCAGGUCUUGUUGGCCCAGAGAUGCAUGAAAUACUUAUGUCUGCAGAGAGAGCUGUUAAUGGGUACAAAGAUCCCUACACUGGAAAGAAUCUAUCCCUAUUUGAGGCAAUGAUGAAAGACCUCAUUAAGAAAGACCAGGGUAUCCGUCUGCUAGAGGCUCAGCUUGCAACUGGAGGUAUAAUUGAUCCAGUUAAAAGUUAUCACAUCCCACAUGAUGUUGCCUGCAAACGUGGAUAUUUUAACGAUGAAACAAACAAGACCUUGAGCAGCAACACUGAUGAAACUAAAGUUUUCUUUGACCCUAACAUGUGGGAGAAUGCAUCUUAUGUACAACUCAUGAAAAAAUGUGUCACUGACAAAGAGACUGGUUUUCCAUUUCUUCCGCUCUCAGAGAAAGCAAUUCAAAAGUCAAAAGAGGGACAUUAUAAGUCAAAAGAGGAACAUCAAAUCACUGAGGUCCAGAUCAAAGAUGCCCUGAACCAGGCAACUAUGGAUCUGCCGUAUGGACCUUUCAAAGGAAGGAAAGUCACUAUUUGGGAGAUCAUAAACUCUGAAUAUAUUACAGAGGAACAAAGAAUCGAGUUGAUUCGACAGUACAGAACUGGAACAGUGACUAUUGAAAGAAUGAUUACAAUCAUUGUCACAAUGGUUGAUGAAAAGGAGGCUAAGAAACAGGAAAAGGAACAGGCCAGCUUUGAAGGGCUUAGGUCAUCUGUCACUGCCAGCUCAUUGUUUGAAUCCAAAAUAAUUGAUAAAGCUACAUAUGAUCAACUCCAACAGGGUAAAAAGAAACCCAAAGAAAUCAGUGACAUUGACUCAGUCAGAAAGUACUUGCAAGGAACAGAUGGACAGAUUGUAGGCAUCUAUAUGGGCGAAUCAAAGGAAAAGGUUAGCAUUUAUCAAGCAAUGAAGAAGAACAUAUUGAGACAAAAUACAGGUCUUUCAUUGCUUAUGGCACAAGCAGCAACCGGUUUCAUUAUCGAUCCUGUCAAAAACCAGAGGUACACUGUGGAUGAUGCUGUGAAAGCAGGAGUUGUUGGUCCUGAGGUUCACGAGAAACUUCUGUCAGCAGAGAAAGCAGUGACUGGCUACAGAGAUCCAUACACGGGCAACACGAUUUCCCUCUUCCAAGCCAUGAAGAAGGAGCUUGUGCUACGAGAACAUGCUAUUCCCCUGUUGGAAGCUCAGGUGGCCACAGGAGGGAUUAUUGAUCCAGUCAGCAGCCACUGUGUUCCAAAUGAUGUGGCCUUCCAACGUGGCUAUUUCAAUAAGCAAAUGGCUAAUAACUUCACUGACCCCUCAGGGGAUAUCAAAGCUUUCAUUGAUCCCAACAAUAAUGAAAGUUCCACCUACAAACAACUGCAAGAGAAAUGCAUAAGAGAUGCAGAUACCGGUCUGUGCUUCCUGCCGCUAUCAAAGGCUGAAGCUCAAAGUCCCGUGGAAAAGUCAUACAUAUACACUGAAGAAAUGGCACAGACAGACUUGACUAACACUCAAGUGGAUAUCCCUCAUCAGAGCUAUGCCGGGAAGGUAAUGACCCUAUGGGAUGUCAUGGGGUCAAACCUUCUCCCUGAGGAGGAAAAGCUAAGGCUCCUGGAGCAGUAUCGCCUCGGGCAAAUCACAAAGGAGAGAAUGAUCAUCAUCGUCAUUGAAAUCAUUGAACAAAGGGAGAUACUGAAAGGAGAGCAGAGCAUGUCCUGUGAUGUGAUCAGACGAAGAGUCACUAUUGAGGAGCUCUAUAGUUCUCGCAUUAUCGACCUUCAAACAUACAACAUGUUGAAGCAAGAGAAGAAAACUAUCCGGGAGGUAAUGGAAAUGCCAUCUGUAAAGCAGUAUUUGUUUGGCACAGGCAGUAUUGCUGGAAUCCUCUCAGACUCCCCCUCUAAGGUUAGUAUUUACCAGGCCAUGAAGAGAGGUCUCAUUAAGCCUGAUUUUGCUAUCAGUCUCCUGGAGGCCCAAGCGGCAACAGGAUUCAUCAUUGACCCUGUGAAAGAAGAAUUGCUAACAGUUGACGAAGCUGUGCGCAAAGGGCUAGUCGGCCCUGAAAUCCAUGACAAACUUCUCUCUGCCGAGAGGGCAGUCACUGGCUACAAGGAUCCUUACAGUGGAAAAGUAAUCUCUCUCUUCCAAGCGAUGAAAAAAGACCUUGUUCCUGAGGACUAUGCCCUGAGGCUCCUUGAAGCCCAGGCUUCCACUGGGGGACUUAUGGAUCCAGAAUACUACUUUCACCUUCCCACAGAUGUUGCCAUGCAACGCGGAUACAUCAAUAAGGAAACGCAUGACAGGAUCACUGAUCCAAACAGUGAUGUACAAGGUUAUGUUGAUCCAACCACAGAGGAGAGACAGACCUAUGCCCAGCUGCUGAAGAGAUGCAAAGCUGAUAAAGAGAGUGGUCUGCGAUUACUUUCACUGGCCGACAGAAGGUUGCUUUUCAAGGGUCUCAGAAAGCAAAUCACCUUAGAUGAGCUGCUUCGCUCACAGAUUAUUGACCAAAAGACAUACAAUGAUCUCACUGAAGGCCUUAUCUCAGUAGAGGAGGUCAGCAGAGCAGUGAAGAAGUACCUUGAGGGCACAAGCUGCAUUGCCGGAGUAUAUGUAGAAUCCAGCAAAGACCGUCUCUCCAUCUACCAAGCAAUGAAAAAGAACAUGAUAAGACCCGGGACAGCCUUUGAACUUCUUGAGGCUCAAGCAGCAACAGGAUAUAUAAUUGACCCAAUAAAGAACCUGAAGCUGAAUGUUGGUGAAGCUGUUAAAAUGGGAGUUGUUGGUCCAGAGUUCAAAGACAAGCUCAUCUCUGCUGAGCGUGCCGUUACAGGCUACAGGGAUCCGUACUCUGGCAAGAUCAUCUCUCUAUUCCAGGCCAUGAAAAAGGGUCUCAUUCUGAAAGACCACGGCAUUCGCCUAUUGGAAGCCCAAAUUGCCACUGGUGGGAUCAUUGACCCAGAAGAGAGUCACCGCUUGCCAGUCGAGAUGGCCUACACACGUGGCCUGUUUGAUGAGGAGAUGAAUGGCAUUCUUACAGACCCAUCUGAUGACACUAAAGGCUUCUUUGACCCUAACACUGAGGAGAACCUCACUUACCUGCAACUGAUGGAGCGAUGUAUGAUUGACCCGGAAACUGGAUUAGCACUUUUACUGUUGAAAGAAAAGAAACGUGAGAGGAAGACAUCCUCUAAAUCGUCUGUGCGUAAACGCAGGGUAGUCAUUGUUGACCCAGAGACAGGCAAAGAGAUGUCUGUAUAUGAGGCAUAUCGCAAAGGACUUAUAGAUCAACAGACCUACAUGGAGCUUGCAGAGCAAGAGUGUGAGUGGGAGGAGAUUACUAUAACCUCAUCUGAUGGUGUUGUGAAGUCCAUGAUCAUUGAUAGGAGGUCUGGCCGACAGUAUGACAUUGAUGAUGCAAUCACAAAGGGCCUCAUUGACCAGUCUGCUCUGGAUCAAUACCGUGCUGGAACUCUGUCCAUCACAGAGUUUGCAGACAUGUUGUCCGGAAACAUAACUGGCACCAGAUCCAGGUCAUCCUCUUUCGGGUCCACAUCAUCUUACUCCAGUAGCCCAGCUCCCUCUAUCAAACCCCCAGCAACAAUAUGGAAUGACCCAACAGAAGAAACCGUGCCUGUGGCUGGAAUACUGGAUACUGACACAUUGGAAAAGGUGUCUGUCACAGAAGCCAUGCACAGAAAUCUUGUGGACAAUAUCACAGGUCAAAGAUUGCUGGAGGCUCAGGCUUGCGUUGGUGGCAUCAUUGAUCCAAACACUGGAGAGAAGUUCUCAGUUUCAGAUGCAAUGAACAUGGGACUUGUGGAUAAGAUCAUGGUUGACCGAAUCAACCUGGCACAGAAGGCCUUCAAUGGAUUUGAGGAUCCCAGAACCAAAAAAAAAAUGUCUGCUGCACAAGCAUUAAAAAAAGGGUGGUUGUACUAUGAGGCGGGUCAGAGAUUCCUGGAAGUACAAUAUCUAACUGGUGGUUUGAUCGAACCAGAGGUCACUGGCAGAGUUCCACUAGACGUUGCAGUCAACAAGGGCACCCUAGAUGCACGUACUGCACAAAAGCUACGAGAUGUCAGUGGAUACUCCAAAUACCUCACCUGUCCAAAGACAAAGCUUAAGAUCUCAUACAAGGAUGCCAUGGAUAGAAGCAUGAUUGAGGAGGGUUCUGGUCUGCGUCUGUUGGAAGCCUCUUCUCAAUCAAGUAAAGGCCUUUACAGUCCCUACAGUGUUAGUGGUUCUGGGUCAGCAUCCGGUUCCCGGCCCGACUCAAGAACUGGCUCCAGGUCAGGCUCCAGACGAGGGAGCUUUGAUGCCACAGGCUCUGGUUUCUCCACUAACUUUUCCCCCUCCUCCUUCAGCUCGACGAGCUAUGGGCGCAGAUAUAAUGCAGGAUUACAAAGCGGACUUAGCAUGGAUGAGCUAGCACAGGCCCUGACAUCAUUAGCAAUGGGCAGGAACUGCAGUUCUGAAGAGAGAAUAUUCACCACAAUACAACCCAAUUACUCACCAGUUGCCUAAUUCUUAUUAGAAAAAUAGACUACCUUUAUUCUGCUCUGCAUGUCGUUAUUAUGGGGCUUUUCUGCAGUAUAUACAUCUUUUUGCUGGCUUUACAUUUUGUCCCUAGUUUAUUCAGUUAAAUCUUUUUGAAGUACAUUUUUGGUUGCUCUCUUUUGUUUUGUGUAGUCUGGCAAUGUUGCCAUUAUUUAUAUGCUUACAUACAGAAGAGCUGUAUUUUUAGCAACUACAAUUAUAUUGAUAAUAACGUUUUCAGUGUUAGACAUAUUGACAUAUUUUUUUCAUUUUUAAGCCAGCUUGUUAUUAGUUCUAAUUCAUUAUACUUCUAUAGUUACAUUUUCAGACAUUUGAGUAAAAAUUAUAUUUUGAUUCUUGAUAUAUUUCUGUUAAAGAACAAUAUCUAUUAUAAAGUAUACCUUUAGAUGUAAAAUCUGUUAAACGGAUGUCUGUCAUUACAAAUAUAUAGAAAGGAAAGCAUCCAAUCUGCAGAGUAGAAGAAGGAGUCACUGGAAGAAAUGCUUAAACAAAAACCAAGCUUCAAGAUCUUUUCUCAUCUCGGCUACAGUGCCGCUAAUACUUUGCUAAUGUUUGGAUUCUACCUAUCCCCUUCUUGUAAUAUACAAUGGACUACCAAUCAGUUAAAACUAUGCAGUCUUUAUACAGUCAAGCACCUUAUGGAGAGAGCAUUCCAAGGAUGGCAAUCCCAACAUAAUAUAACCUGGACAAACUCACUUGAAGUGAAAGAUGCCCCAAAUCACCAUGAAACAGCUCGGUCUCAUCUCAAGCUGAAAUAACUUCUCAGCAGAACCAUUGCUUCUCUGGAGACUUUUGAAAGCCAUCUCCACUCCUCCUCUUGUGUGCUGAUGCUUUGAUGUCUUCCAAUAUCCUGAGAACCUCAAGUCAAAAAGAAGAUCACCGGCAAUGUUCAAGACUGCACCGACAUACAUGUCCAUCAUUUGUUUUAGACUUUUUAUUUUUCAGCCAUUUAUUCCAAAAAUAAAGGAUGAUGUUGUUAACUGAGCAAAAUAGAAUGAAUCACUGCUUUGACCGUCUUCAACCUUGCGUCUAACUUUGACCCUCUGCCUGCUCACCUCCACCUGAUCUCAGUAACAGUCUUAACCACCUCCACACAAACCACAACCUUGCGUCUAACUUUGACCCUCUGCCUGCUCACCUACACCUGAUCGCAGUAACAGUCUUUAACCACCUCCACACAAACCACAAUUGCUGUAUUGAAAUGUUUUUGUAAGUGCCUGCAUAUUCAAUGCAUCAAAGGGUUGCGUCGAUUAUAAGGUGUGAAUUGUACUGUAAAUUGAGUGAUUCACAACUGGAGAAAAAAACUGACACAGUUCCCAUAGUUCAAAUUAUAUAUUAUCAUUAUUAUCAGGUAUUUCCCAAGUUCAUGACACAAUUUAUGCAUCAUACAGUAUUCAUACCGCAUCAAAACCCUUUUAUUUCUAUAUAAUACAACUAAGAACAUUUGUACAGGGCUAAUAUUUAAAUUAAUGUUUAGAGCUAAAAAUAAUUAUAACAUUUGAAAUGUACUGACAAGCUAUGUACUGUACACUGUAUUAUACACUGAAUGUACAAAACAUUAUGCACACCUUCCUAAUAUUGAGUUGCAUCCCAUUUUGCCCUCAGAACAGCCUCAUUUCGUCGGAGCAUGGACUACAAGGUGUUGAAAGCGUUCCACAGUGAUGCUGGCCCAUGUUGACUCUUAAUGCUUCCCACAGUUGUGUCAAGUCAGCUGGAUAUCUUUUGGGUGGUGGACCAUUCUUGAUACACAUGGGAAACUGUUGAGCGUGAAAAACCCAGCAGGGUUGCAGUUCUUGACACACUCAAACUGGUGCACCUGGCACCUGCUACCAUACCACGUUCAAAAGCAGAUACAUCUUUUGUCUUGCCCAUUCACUCUCUGAAUGGCACACAAAAUCCAUGUCUCAAUUGUCUCAAGGCUAAAAAAUACUUCUUUAACCUGUCUCCUCCCCUUCAUCUACACAGAUUUAAGUGGAUUUAACAGGUGACAUCAAUAAGGGAUCGUAGCUUUCACCUGUCACCUGGUCAGUUUAUCAUGGAAAGAGUAAUGUUCCUAAUGUUUUGUACAGUCAGUGUAAAUUUGAAAAAUAUCUUUAAGCUUAAUCACUUGUUGCCUCCUAAACCAGUGUUCAUAUUUUCCACCACAAUUGUUUGUUUUAUUGUUCCUUAAAAGUGCUUUCCUUUGUAAAAAAAAAAAUCUAAAUUUCCAUAAUAUUGUCAUACAUAUUUUAUUAUUGCUUUGCAUGUUUGAUCCCCCUUUAAAUGACAUUCAGCUUAUCUUAUGAAGGCUUCAUAAAUCCUUCAUAAGCACUACAUAAAUGUGUUACAAAGUAUCUAGCACUGUAUGUCAUGCUUUGUAAAUGGUUCAUAAAUGUGUCAUAAUCACCCAUGUCAAAUGUGACAUAACCCUCUAUGUGGAAUAUGAUAGCAACAUGUGCUUUAUAAAAGGGAGACAUGUUGGGUCAAGGGAUUGGAAUACGCUCUAAAGUGAAGUCAUGUUAGUCACAUUACACCUAAUCUCAUUCCCAGACACUUCCGCCCAAAUAUGCGGAAGGUCUGCUUGACCAACACAAACUUGGCCUUCAUUAGUUAGGGUUAGGUUUAAAAUCUUAUUUUAAGAAGAUCAAUUGUGGAAAUGGGCAGGGUUUAGCAAUAAUUAUGACUUUUUAACUGUGUUAACUAGUGAUGAUGACAAGUACUUUAUUCUGUAAGGUCACUCCACUAAGGCCAGCUUUGAAUGGUUGAUAUCACAGGCUUAAAUGUUUUGGUGUGUUCAAUAGUCUAGGGACGACAUUACACCAAGAAACACUGACCUUUAUGAAAGCCCCCAACCUAAAAACAUUGAAAAUGGCUGUUUUCUGGCGCCAAUUUACAUGUUCCUCAGUACAAGCCAUACCGUGCGUUGUUGGGCCCAUCAGGUCUUUGCAAGUCCAUCAGCCCAUUUAAAUUCCUCUUACAUCCUACUUUUGGAUCAUGAUAGAACCUGCAUAAUUCAGUCGAACGUUAAUAACCUAUUUAUUGACACUGUAGUGUCCUGUAAUACUUGCAUAGUCCUGUAAAGACUAUUUUGCAUGACGCUGUACUCAAGUCAGACCCCUUUGGUGAUUUAUAACACAUACAUAAAUGCCUUGUAUCAUAUGAAGCUGUACUGACGAAAAAGUCAGACACCUAUGGUCAUUCAUAACAGACCCAUAAAGGCUUAAUGAUGUAAACACAAAUGUAUUAACACUUAAGAAAUUAUCACUAAAAGCUAAAACAAACAUUAAAGACACAUACAUUAAGUUUCAAAAAGCCCAGCAAAGCAUUUAUAUUGAACAUUACACUGGACUGUGAAUACUGUAGCCUGUCCCUGAGCUAGUGGAUUGAUGGUUCUUGCCUCUCUGCCUGCUGGGAGGUACUGCAUGUUGGUUCCAACCUUAAAAGUAACAACAAAGAAAGUUAGCAUGUCUGUUUUUCUGUGCAGCGCCAGAAACUCUAAAUGGGGAGAUGGGAAACUCCAUUUGAUUCGUAUUAUUCUAUCAUUUAAUGUACAAAUGUGAUGACAUGACUAUGAGACAUGUCUGUAUCUAAGGGGAUUUUUAUUUAGCAGAGCCUGCUAGCUAGGAACAUUUUGGCUAGCUAGCAAUUGCUGUGAAGUUACCGAAAUUAUUUGAAAUAACGACUGAGGUAGCUACAGUAUGGAAUUUAACUCAACUCUAGUCAUUUAAAUUACAAUGAAUAAAGGUUAACUUGUUUAUCACUGUCCAGUGGCACGACAAUUGGGCAUUUUGAUUUGCAAACUCAUCACAUGAUCAGCAUCUUGUCGGUAACGCUAAAAAAAAAUACUUCCGGGUCACGGAAUUGAGGAAUUCUUCCAAAUAAAAGUACGUCAUGUAUUUAAUUCAUAGUAUAAAAGUGUCAAUAAUCUGUAUUCAUGAUAUGAAAAAUAGUUGUCUAAACAUUAACAAUGAUUCAUAUAUGUUCAUAUAUAAGUGACAUUUGUAUUACAUUUGGAAUGCGAAUCACUUUACAGUGUACGGUACGGAGUGUUGCCGGCCUUUUACUCCACCCAUUCCAUUGGUGGUCAUAAUGCUAAUCACUGCACAUAAUCAUCACAUGUGCGAUUGUUCCGUGCGUUUGUUCUAACCAAACAACAAUGCAGGGCAUGAGCACUGAAUUCAAGGGCAACUACACUCAAAAUAUAUGUUUCUUAGAUUUUUCACAUACCUCAAAAGUCAUCCCCUGAUGCGGCUUAAGCUUUGUGGUGAAGACAGAAAAUCAAAUGUUGUAGUUUUUCAAUUAAAAAUGUGAAAAAAAAUGGAGAACCUGAAACAAUUGGGAAAAUCUGAAACCUGGAAAAACAAAACUGAGAACAUUUUAUUUGGGUAAAGAAAACAUAAGUAGGCAAAAAAACGUUGGCGAGGCAUUUUAAAUGGAUUUUAAAAUGCCUCGCCAACGUGUUUUGCUGUGCAUGACUGCACAGAGUGUGUCAACCUGCAGCACGGUAUUUUGGGGAAAGUUGAGGUCUGGUCCAAUAUUGACUAUGCACACAAGAGGGAAAUAACUUGUGCCAUCCUAGAAAUGUUUUUAAAUAAUAUCAAAUUUAGCAGACGCUUUUAUCAAAAGUGACUCACAGGCAUGCGUGAAUAUAUUUUUAUGUAUGAGUGUUUUCAGGAACCCACUUUCCUGGCAUUGCAAUGCUCUACCAAGAUGCAUGACAGGGUUAUAAAUGCUUUGUGAACCUUCAAUUUAAUAUGAUUUAUAAAGCCUUUAUUAAGCUGUGCUUAUGCCAUCGUUUAUAAAGUACAGGUGUAUGUCAUAUUUGACAUCGUGGGUUAUGUCACAUGUGAGAUUGGUGGUUAUGUCACACAGUUAUGCCACAUUUAUGAACCCUUUAUAAAGCAUGACAUAUGCUUGUAGAUGAUUUGUAACACAUGUAUGUGUUUAUGAAGCCUUUAUAAGCUGCACGUCAUUUAAAGCAGGACAUUUAACUUGGUUGAAAAUAUAGUUGUAUCCAUUUGAGAAUACAUUUUUGAUUGUGAAGCCUUUUAAAAAAUGUUUGAAGGAUUUACUUUAAAGUUGGGUUUUCAAGCAUGCUUACAAUGGCGUUUUGAAAGGGUGACAUUGUAUUUUAAUGUAACACCUAACAGAAUGUAAAUAAACUUAUGAGGCAUCAACACAAAAGUC